UAAGAGCCGUAAUAUCUGAAAAAAGUGAAACUGAAAGAGCAGCUAAAGAUCGACAACAGAUCAUGAACGAGUUGAUGGAAAGAACAUGCGAUUUGUAUUGGAGGGUUGAGAAGAGAGGAGAUCCUGAACAAACA